AUGCCUGCCAUGACUGCGCUUUCUGGCACGCAGAAGACAAUGCUCUGGACACACAUGGAGUACCAGAAUGGCUAUGCGGACGGCGCGGCCGGUGGGUGUCUGGCUGAUUAUGGACAUCUGUGCGUGAGUGCUAGGCGGCUCUUCGAUGCCGAGCAGAUGGUGCGAACUCCAAUGAGGCAGAUGCCUGCGAAGUUGUUUGCUCUUGCGUCAACAGCACGGGAAUAUUUGGUCAACGACGUUGCGCGGUUUGAAACGUGGCAACAUGCAACUUUGGUGAUCGACUGCAAGUGCGUAUAG